AUGAUCAACAGCAGCCUCCUGCUCCGAUCAAAUAGCCAACCGGUCCUCCUCGACAUCCCUGGGCGAGCCAUCGGCGCUGGCACCGGUUUUUUGGGUCCCCGCCCUUCGAUGUAUCCCCCGGCCGCUCCCAUGCACUCGUCCCUCCCGAACCUUAACCACCUUCAACAACACCCCCCUCUUCUCCCCCUUCCCUUGGCAAAGUCCUCUUCCCUUCCGCCUCCGAUUUUGCCGGGCCCUACUAGGAGAACGAUCCGCGUUGCUACUGUCCGGUCGCUCAUCAAGGAAGAGAAGAAACCGACCAAAUCCCCUGUCAAGCCGCCGAAAGGUUCUCAGACCGACGGCACGAAGACCCAGAAGCAUAAACUGUGUCCCGUUGUCGACUUUCCCUACAAGCAUAAACUGCACCCGGAGGAAGACGACGAGGCCGAUGGCGUGUAUUCUCUGUCACCCCCGCCGAGCAGCCUUCCAAUACCAAAGUUCUCUCUCAGGACCAGGAGGCCUUUCUCCUCAUCUCCAUGGGUCGCUGAGACAUUCAGGGGCGAUCCUAGCAAAGUUGACGCCGGAGCCAGUGACGACCUCCGCCGCCUUCUUCGUCUUUAG